GGUGGAUACGUUUUGAGAUACGGGGUCAGAAUAUGUUUAAUACCACAGAUGUUUCCUCUGUAAAAUGCAGCGGUCAUGAAGACCAUGAAGAUCCUGAGCGGUGUUCUACUGCUCUCUCUAAUGUUGGCAGAGAUCACAUUGGGCGACAUUCAGAAGAGAGUCAUCGGGGCAGGUACGUGCAGUCCCACCGAAAGGCAAUACCAUGUCCGUUUGACAGCUAAAAAUCCAUCGAAAGGAUUGCAAAAGGACUGCAGCAGUUCUCUGAUCACCAACAAGUGGCUUCUAACCGCUGCUCGCUGUUGGCCUGAUGGACCAGAAUGGAAGAUGUAUGCAGAAGCAGUUGGAGAUCCAGGCCCUGUGAAACCUCUAGUAGAAAUCAAACAGAAGGCGAUCCAUAAAGAUAAGAAUGGACGAACCCAUGACAUCAUGCUACUGCAGUUACCAAGGCCAGUGCCGGGAGCUGUUCCAGGACCUGGGGUUGAUCCAAUCUCUCUUGGUGAUUGUGCACAGUUUUUGGCCAAACUUCGGGGGAAGACAUCUAAACCAGAAGAGUUCCAAACAGUUCAGAUUGCAGGCUAUGCAGCCACUACACCUGCUGCACCGGAUGCUGGGGAACCUGAUGCUGGGGAACCUGAUGCUGGGGAACCUGAUGCUGGGGAACCUGCUGCUGAAGCACCUGCUGCUGCCAACACCAAAGUCCUACAUUGUGCAGAGCUGGAUGUUAUGAAAUGUGACGCCUCCAUGGCAAAAUCCCAUCAAGACAUCUUCUGUGCACAACGUGUUGGAGUGGAAACCUGUAGAGGUGACUCUGGGGCAGGUGUGGUGUAUAAGAACCAGCUCUAUGGUGUCUUCAUCGCUGAUAACACUGGUGAAGAAUGUUCUGCAGCGGCACUCAUCAUGGAUGUCUGCAAGUACAAAGUCUGGAUAAAGAAGAUCAUUGGCAAGUAAAGAAGAAAACGGACCGUUUUGAUUUGAUUAACAGCAAAAGCUUAUUAUUGUAUCCUAAUAAACCAUAAAAGAGAUCUCAGAUUAACUCAUUCUUGUUAUAAGUGUAGUGUGUUAAUCCAGAAAAUUGAUCGUUUAUAUCCCACUGUAACUGUCUCCAUUCUUGUUCUAACUGUAGUGUGUUAAUCCAGAAUGUUGAUAGUGUAUAUCCCAUUGUGGUACUGUAUAGUUUAGUAUAUCCCACAGUUACUCUGUCUGCCUGGACACACGAAGGCUGGUAAUCAAUCAAAGGUGUGUUGUUGACAAGCACACUGCACUAUCCACAAAACGGCAUUUCAUUAAAAUACAUUUAACUGAUGUUUGCAGAGAUCACAUUCAAAGUGCUGCAGAUGUUGGCUCAACGUAAAUUACCUUUAAUAGUCAUGUGAAGUGUGAUUGUUGUCAAUGCACCUUGGAUUAAAUCCCGGCUUUAAACAACUGAAUGCCUCUGGACAUUCACUAGCAACCCAUUAACUAGGGCACUACUACACUAAAAUACCUGAAUGAACUAAAUAUACAUUUAACACAGCCUUUUACUGUUGACAAUUAAAAUGAUUGGUUCUGGA